AAAUCUAGUGUGUUAUAUCAUUUUGUACAUUUCACAUAAACAAAUAUAUAUUUUUGACUAUACGUCGUUGGAACAAAAAGUAAUUUGGAAAAAAACAAACCAAACUUAGUUAGUAAGAAGCACUUUCCACUAUUAUCUUCUUUCCCCACCAACUUCAGUCUUCAUUUUUUUUGGUAAAAUCAGUCUUCAUUUCACAAUAACAAUGUUCAAUAAUACCACCACCUUCGGCUUCGGCGCCGAAGCCGUCGUCCCUACUCCCUCUGCUACAGUUCCCACCACCAUCUUCCCCGGCACCACCAUCACUUCCAACUCCACCUUCAUCAUCAUCGGACCUCCUCCACCGUUCCCGGCGCCUCCUCGGAGCAUCGACUUCACUCCUCUCAUACUAAUCUUCGCCGUCGUAGCAAUCAUCGCCGUUCCCGCCUUCGUAUACGCUCUUUUCUUCACUUUUCCAUGUUCUUCCCGCCGCCGCAGCUCCACCUCCUCCCGCCGUCGCAGCAGCUCUUCCCCCGACGAUCAUUUCACCUCGCCGAACACAACUGAUAGAAACUCCUCGGCCGCCGCCGCGCCUGAUUCCGGCAAAGAUAAUAAUUCCAAGGAGAUCGGGAACGAGUGCACCGUGUGUCUGUCGGUGUUCGGCGACGGCGAAGAGAUCCGGCGACUGAGCGCGUGUAAGCACGCGUUUCACGUGUCUUGUAUCGCGACGUGGCUCAAAGAUCAUCCCAACUGUCCCAUAUGCCGAGCAGACGUCCCCGUUAAACAGACAGAAGCAAACGGUAACGGUAACGGUAACGUGAAUCGCAGCGGUGGAGGUAACCGUCGAGUUUCUGCGACCAAUAGAGAUGAUGAUUGGCGUCAAGGUCUACCUGAUGCUUCUAGUUUAGUUUGAUUUUUGUUAUAUUAUUUUUUUUUGUAAUUUAUUUCUCGAUUUUGUAAUCUAUGAAAUGAUUUUGAAAUAUUUAUUG